GUUGCACAAACGUCAAACAGCACAGCCUCAAAAAAUAAAACAUAGGCCGAAGCGAAAAUACAAGUCAUCUACAGUAGUUUUUAUUUGUGCUAAAUAUUUUCUCCAUUUUUUCCAUUAAAACAAAUAAAAUUUAUUAAAAUUAUGGCCGCAACACUUGAAGAUAAAUCAAUCUGGGAAGAUGGUGAAGAGUCUUUGGGUGAAGAAGUCCUUCGAAUGUCCACCGACGAAAUUGUUAGUCGCACCAGAUUAAUGGACAAUGAAAUUAAAAUCAUGAAGAGUGAGGUUAUGCGAAUUACUCACGAAAUCCAAACUCAAAAUGAAAAAAUCAAAGAUAAUACCGAAAAAAUUAAAGUCAAUAAAACUCUUCCCUACUUGGUUUCAAAUGUCAUUGAACUGCUCGAUGUCGAUCCACAAGAAGAGGAAGACGACGGAGCUGUUUUGGUGCUGGACAACCAGCGCAAGGGCAAAUGCGCCGUCAUCAAGACCUCCACACGUCAAGCGUACUUCUUGCCAGUUAUUGGUCUCGUUGAUGCAGAGAAAUUGAAACCCGGCGACUUAGUCGGUGUAAACAAAGAUUCUUAUCUCAUUUUGGAGACCUUGCCAGCGGAGUACGAUGCCAGAGUGAAGGCCAUGGAGGUUGACGAGAGGCCAACCGAGCAAUACUCCGACAUUGGUGGUCUGGACAAGCAAAUCCAGGAACUCAUCGAAGCGGUUGUGUUGCCCAUGACGCAUAAGGAAAAAUUCAAGAACCUAGGAAUCCAUCCACCAAAAGGUGUCUUGUUAUAUGGCCCACCUGGAACUGGAAAGACCCUGUUGGCUCGAGCUUGCGCUGCACAAACAAAAUCGACUUUCCUCAAGCUGGCCGGUCCCCAGCUGGUGCAGAUGUUCAUCGGUGAUGGUGCCAAACUCGUCCGCGACGCCUUCGCUUUGGCCAAGGAAAAGUCCCCAGCAAUCAUCUUCAUCGAUGAAUUGGAUGCCAUCGGUACAAAACGUUUCGAUUCGGAGAAGGCCGGUGACCGUGAGGUCCAGCGUACUAUGUUGGAACUGCUGAAUCAGCUGGACGGAUUCAGUUCGACCGCUGACAUCAAGGUCAUUGCCGCAACCAACCGUGUUGACAUCCUCGAUCCGGCUUUGCUGCGUUCGGGUCGUUUGGAUCGUAAAAUUGAAUUCCCACAUCCCAACGAAGAAGCCAGAGCCAGAAUCAUGCAAAUUCACUCGAGAAAGAUGAACGUCAGCCCCGAUGUGAACUUCGAGGAGUUGUCUCGAUCAACUGACGACUUCAAUGGCGCCCAAUGCAAGGCUGUGUGCGUGGAGGCGGGUAUGAUUGCUCUGCGUCGAUCGGCAACUUGCGUUACACACGAAGACUUCAUGGAUGCAAUUAUGGAAGUUCAAGCUAAGAAGAAGGCCAACUUGAAUUACUAUGCCUAGGCUUUUGCAUUUAUGUGGUUUCUCUUUAUUUUUUUUUAUUUUAAUUAUUACUUUAAUAAUAUCGAUCGAUCAUUUGUUAGAAAGUAUGAGUAACAUUUUGUCUGGCAAAAUUAAGCAAAUAAUAAAACAUAUUUAACGUGAA